CUCCCUCACGAUGCCAUUCUUCGGCUGCUACGCAAAAUCGUCUCCGUAAUUUUAUUCAUCCUCAAGGGUAUUUUUGUAAUCUUUGAAGAUCUCGAGCUAUAAACGGCGGGCGCUGCCGCACCGCAAUGGCGACUGAGAGAGAGAGGGGGGAAAAGGGUUCGGCUCGCAAAGCUCUCAAUCUCCCGAAAGCAGAAGAAAGAAAAUGGCUUCAGAUCCAAAAGUUUAUUUAUUCGAGGAAGUAGCAAAGCACAGCGAAAUCAAAGAUUGUUGGCUUAUUAUUUCUGGGAAGGUCUAUGAUGUGACAUCAUUCAUGGAUGAUCAUCCUGGAGGUGAUGAAGUUUUGUUAUCAGCGACUGGGAAAGAUGCAACAAAUGAUUUCGAAGAUGUGGGUCAUAGUGAUUCUGCUCGGGAGAUGAUGGAAAAAUACUACAUUGGCGAGAUUGAUGCAUCGACGGUUCCACUCAAGCGUAUGUUCAUUCGACCGGCCGAUGCAGCAUACAACCAAGACAAGACCCCCGAGUUCGUGAUCAAGAUUUUGCAGUUCCUAGUUCCCCUCUUGAUUUUGGGGUUGGCUUUCACGGUUCGGCACUAUACCAAAAAGGAUUAGAAGUUUCCAUUGUAUUGCUAUAGUCCUUUGUAGGGUUUGAGGGCUCUCUGCAUCACUGUGAGCAGUUUGAAAUAACAAUUUCUACAAUUCUAGUUCAAUGUGUUGUAUUAUGUUCCAUUGGAAGUCCAUUAUAGUUUCUGAAUGUUGUGGCAGCAGUUUUGAGCUUGUGGACUGGACAAUGUUUGAUUCUUAUCUUUUCAUUUUGGCAUAUCUAUUGAUCUGUCAAGCACAAGUACCAUGUGCUGGUGAGCCAGCUUCUCUAAUACAAUCAAGUAGUUCAUUGAGUCAA